CCACAGUGGGGAUCGCGUCGAGAUACCGUUGGCUUUGGGCAUGCGAUCGCGCAUCCAACCGCCUAAACGGGUUAACUUACCCGGUCGGCACCGCAUUCUGCUCAGUGGGAACGGAUGGCCGUGCAAAAUGGCGACAUUGGUUGGCGGUGCAUUGUGUAUGUCCCCGCAUGAGGGGAUGGGGGAAUGCUGCAGGCAUUUUCUGCAUGUUCUGAGGGGAACCUGGGCUAUAUAACCACUGUCAGUAGACUGGCGAGCUCGUUGGCAGAGUCCCCUCAGUUUUCUACCACUUUACUUACCUGCUAUUACCUAUCGUUUCUCUCACACAUCCUCCAACACCGAAAGAACCCCCCAAAAUGGCCAUCUCACUGCACCCCCUCCUCGACAAACCCAUCCAGAAAGGCUCCCCCAACUUCACCGGCGGAACCCUCAAAUGCCACUGCGCCACUCAACCCGUCACCGUAAAGAUCAGCAGCAACGUCGCCCACAACCACGCCUGCGGGUGCUCCAAAUGCUGGAAACCGAAGGGUGCCCUGUUCUCCGUCGUUGGCGUCGUCCCGCGGGAGAAGGUGCAGGUCUUGUCGCACGCCGACAAACUGGCUAUUGUGGAUGAAGCGGCCGUCAUCCAGCGCCACGCCUGCACGGCCUGCGGGGUGCAUCUGUUCGGGCGCAUCGAGAAGGACCACCCCUUCAAGGGGCUGGACUUUGUGCACGUGGAGCUGUCGGAGCAGCAGGGGUGGCAGGAGGUGCAAUUUGCCGGAUUUGUCUCGUCGAUCAUCGAGCAGGGGUUUCCCCCGAACAAAAUGGAGGAGGUGCGGGGUCGGCUGCGUGGGCUGGGGCUGGAGACGUUUGAUGUGUUGGCGCCCGGGUUGAUGGAUGCUAUUGCGGCGUGGACGGCGGAGAGGGAGGGGAAGCUGAAGGCAUCGCUUUAGGUCUCUGUUUCCGGGGAGGAAGGGUUGGGUGGGGUUGGCGAUGCUUUUUGUGAGAAUAUUAGCGAUGGACUUUGUGAGAACUAUGCUGGACUUUAAAUGACAAUGUUAGCAGUCAGACGCUGAAAGGAUGGCGAGGAGGAUUUUGCGAUGGUGUGCGUUUGACUGACUGGAAUAACCACGGAAUGAAUCACCGACGAUAGGUGGUUUGGUGUGAAGGAUCAGGAACCCGUU